CGCUCUGCCAGCCUCAUCCCAAACCGAGUUCCGCCUCGGAAGCCACGGCCGCCUGAGAGGCUUCCCUGCUCAGCCGCCUCACCCCUGGGACAUGGGCCUGCCCUGGCUGGGGAAGAGGCCGCGAGACCCCCCGAGCGAAAACGAGGAUUGUUGAUUAGUAAUUUAAAGAUCUGCACUGUCCUUAUUUGAAGAGACAAAAUACCCUCAGUAUUAACAUGCCUGCUGUGGCUUCAGUCCCUAAAGACCUAUACCUCUGCACUUCACUGAAAGAUCUUAACAAAAAGACUGAAAUAAAACCUGAGAAAACCAGCACUAAGAGCUAUGUACAGAGUGCCCUUAAGAUCUUCAAAGCAGCUGAAGAGUGCCGGUUGGACAGAGAUGAAGAGAAGGCAUAUGUACUUUACAUGAAGUAUGUGACUGUGUAUAACCUUAUUAAUAAGAGGCCUGAUUUCAAACAACAGCAGGAUUACUUUCAUUCGUUACUUGGACCUUCAAACAUUAAAAAAGCUAUUGAGGAAGCUGAAAGACUUUCAGAGAGUCUUAAACUCAGAUAUGAGGAAGCAGAAGUACGGAAGAAACUGGAAGAAAAGGAGAGGCAAGAAGAACUGCAGCUGAAGAAACAGGAAGCAAAAGAUGAUACAAAGGUAUCGGCGAAAACCUCUUCAGAAACUUCCCUGGAUUCCAAAGGGAAAAAUCAAAUGAUCAAUGGUGAAAAGAAGGAGAAAUUGUCUGCUGUUCCUCAAGGAGGGAUCACGGCGGAGAAAUUGUUUACGAUGAUGAUGGACAGGAGCAUCAAGCUAAUGGUCAUGGAUGCCCGAAGCCUGAAGGAUUAUCAGGAGUCAUGCAUUAUCAACUCCAUCAGCGUUCCAGAAGAGGCUAUCAGUCCUGGUGUCACCGCUAAGUGGAUUGAAACUAAACUCCCAGAUGCUUCUAAAGAGUCUUGGAAAGAGAGGGGGCAAGUCAAUUAUAUUGUUCUGCUUGACUGGUUUAGUUCUGUGAAAGACCUACAGUUAGGAACACCCCUGUGGAGCCUCAAAGAUGCACUUUUCAAGUGGGAAAGUAAAGCUGUACUGCAGAAUGAGCCCUUGGUCUUAGAAGGAGGGUAUGAAAACUGGCUUCUCUGCUAUCCCCAAUACACAACAAAUGCAAAAGUAACUCCACCCCAACGCAGCAAGAAUGAAGCAGUGUCUAUCUCUUUGGAUUUUACUUACCCAUCCUUGGAAGAGCCAGCUCCACCUGUGGUACCAGUUGUCCGUGUAAAAACUUCCAUCACGGAAAUGCCUGAAAGACCUGAAAUGGCAAAUGACAAGGAAGGAAGAGGAGAGACACUGAAACCAGCAACUCCCACUGGAUCAGUUGCUGUUGCUCCUAAGUCUGAAGGCACAUCUUCUGUACCCCAGCCAGCAUCUUCUGUGAAGAUUAUUCCUCAGAUUGAUCGUACAAAAAAGCCUUCAGCAAAAAUUCCAGAUGAUGCUAAUGGGUCAAAAGCUGAGAGCCCAGCCACUGGCAAGCAGAUUGUUUCAGAUGGAAGAGUCGUUCCAGAUCGUUCCACGAAACCCCCAUUAGAUACAAAACCCAGCCUGGCAGAGGAAGAGAAAAGCCACGGGCUGACAGAAAAGGAGAAAAGGCAGCAAGGAAAGGAGCUGCAGGAGAAAAACAAGGAAGAACAGAGAGAGCGGCUCAGACAGGAGAAGCAGGACCAAGGGCAGAAAGCCAGAGAAGAGCAGGAGGAAACGGAAAGCAAGGGAAAUCUCCAGAAGGCAAAAGAAGAAACAGAGAGGGGAGAAGGAGAGCCCCAGGCUAGCAAAGAGGUGGAUGAAAAGCAGGAGCUAGAGAAGAAAGCCCACACAGAGCUAAAAGAAAUUAAAAAACCAAGCCAGACUGGAAGCGAAACCCCCGAAGGGAGGAAAAAACUAGAUGCUGGGAGCAACUUUGUCAAUGAAAAAGAAAAAGUUACCCGGACACCAGAAGCACAAAGGCGGAGAUUUGCAGAGGAGUCGCGGGCAGCUGUGAGGGGGGAUUUGGUCUCAAGCAAGCAGACUGGGCUUAAAGGACAUCCAGAAACAGAAUCUCAAAAGCCAGGAACCAGUAGAGAGGAUACUGAACAAGAUUCUGAAAAAAAUAAAUCCCAGCGGGAGCCUUUAACAAGGGCACGGAGUGAGGAGAUGGGCAGGAUAGUACCAGGACUGCCUUCUGGUUGGGUAAAGUUCCUUGAUCCAGUCACUGGGACCUUCCGUUACUAUCAUUCCCCAACCAACAGCGUCCACAUGUAUCCUCCAGAAAUGACUCAGUCCGCCACACCUCCUUCUACACCGCCAACUCAUAAACCAAAGCCUCAGGCUGUUGUUGACCAACGGGAGAGGGAACACUCCAAGCUGAAGCGCUCUUACUCUUCUCCAGACAUCACGCAGGCCAUUCAAGAGGAAGAGAGGAAGAAGAUCGUUGUCACUCCUGCAGUCAAUCGCGAGAAUAAACCCUCAAGCUAUACAAAAGCUGAGAUAUCAAGGCUUUCUGCUUCUCAGAUUCGUAAUCUCAACCCUGUUUUUGGAGGACAGGGACCAGCCCUCACAGGCCUUCGGAACUUAGGAAACACCUGCUACAUGAACUCCGUCUUACAGUGUCUUUGCAACGCCCCACAUCUGGCAGAUUAUUUCAACAGAAACUUCUAUCAGGAUGAUAUCAACAGGUCAAACCUCUUGGGUCACAAAGGUGAAGUGGCAGAGGAGUUUGGCAUAAUCAUGAAGGCCUUCUGGACUGGGCAGUACAGAUACAUCAGUCCAAGAGAUUUUAAAGUCACCAUUGGGAAGAUCAAUGACCAGUUUGCAGGGUACAGUCAGCAAGACUCUCAAGAACUGCUCCUGUUCUUAAUGGACGGUCUCCAUGAAGACUUAAAUAAAGCUGACAACAGAAAGCGCUAUAAAGAAGAAAACAACGAUCACCUGGAUGACUUCAAAGCAGCCGAACUCGCUUGGCACAAACACAAGCAGCUCAAUGAGUCUAUUAUCGUUGCACUUUUCCAAGGCCAGUUCAAAUCAACGGUGCAGUGUUUGACCUGUCACAAAAAGUCCCGGACCUUUGAAGCUUUUAUGUAUCUGUCCUUGCCCCUCGCAUCCACUAGUAAAUGCACUCUACAGGAAUGCCUUAGAUUAUUCUCCAAAGAAGAAAAAUUGACAGAUAACAACAGAUUUUAUUGCAGCCAUUGCAAGACUCGAAGAGAUUCUUUAAAAAAGAUAGAAAUCUGGAAGCUGCCUCCUGUUCUUUUAGUGCACUUGAAAAGGUAA